AAAAAAUAUCAUUUCAAUUUCAUUCAUUGCAUUUUGCAUCCCUUAACCCAACCCAAAACCCAAACCAUAUAUUGAGUUGGAGUUGGCGGCAAUCGCUCAUUCUUUUUUCUUUUUUCCCUUCUUUCUCAUUCUCUCUCUAAACCCUGUCUGCCAUCAAGUUUCUCUCUCUUCUUCUCGCAUAUGCUUCGAACCCUACAAAACGGGUUCACGUAUUUCAGAUUCAAUCUGAUCUAAGCUGAUGUUGGAGCUGGUGAUCAAUUAGAAGCAAUUUUUGUCGGGGCAGAAGUGUAGUUCUUGAUUGCAGACGAACAUUUCUACCUCGAGGAAAAUUUCUAGUAAAGAUAAAGAAUUUAUGGCUCCAACUAGGAAGCCUAGAAGUAUGAAUAAGCGAUUCUCGAGUUUAAAUGAGGUCUCUCCCGAGAAAGAGGGAAUGAACUCAAAUAAAAAUAAGCAAAGGAAGAAAAAGCUGUCGGAUAAAUUGGGAUCUCAGUGGAACAAAGAUGAGCUAGAGCGUUUUUAUGAGGCAUAUAGGAAGUACGGAAAAGACUGGAAGAAGGUUGCUGCAGGUGUACGCAACAGAUCUGUUGAAAUGGUGGAGGCUCUUUACAAUAUGAACAGGGCUUACCUAUCUCUGCCGGAGGGAACAGCUUCUGUUGUUGGUCUCAUUGCAAUGAUGACAGAUCACUAUAAUGUGCUGGAAGAGAGUGAUAGUGAAAAAGAGAGUAUUGAUUCACCAGGAUCCCGAAAACUGGUGAAACGAAAACGUGGAAAAAUUGAGCUUGGUGCCUCAAAAGAUUCUGUCCAUACUCAGUCAAUUGCUUCUAAUGAUGGUUGCCUCUCUCUGUUGAAGAGAAGACGCUUUGAUGGUAGCCAGCCUCGUGCAGUCGGGAAAAGGACACCUCGUGUUCCAGUUUACUACUCUUAUAAGAAAGAUGAAAGGGAAAAUUAUGUUUCGCCUAAUAAAAGAAUGUUGAAGUCGGUCUUUGAUGCUAAUGAUGAUGAAGUUGCACAUGUUGCAGCACUGGCGUUAACUGAGGCUGCAAAAAGAGGUGGCUCUCCUCAAGUAUCCCAAACACCACACAGAAGAUCACAGCAGAAGUUCUCUCCUGUUCAGAGCUGGGAAAGAAUGCAACAAUCUGGGACAGUUCCUGCCAAGUUUUAUGACACAUCUUUGGAUGAGGAAUUCAUGGAAGGUAGUAUAGAAAGCAGGGGUGCUGAAAAUGGGGAACAAGCUAGAGAUACUAGCUCCUUGAAGGAUAUGGAAGGUAGUGGCACAGUUGAAGUUAAUCAGAAACGAAAAAAGGUAUAUAGAAAGAAAGAGAGAAAGGAAAAUGUUGGAAACCAUCUUCUUGAUGAUGGCGGAGAAGCAUGUAGUGGCACCGAAGAAGGACUUAAUUUUAGCUUGAAGGAAAAAGUUGAUGUUGAGGUUACUAAUGCAAAACCUCAGAAAAGGAGUAAGAAACUCUUCUUUGGAGCUGAUGAAAGCUCUGCCGUGGAUGCUUUGCAUGCUUUGGCUGAUCUGUCAUUAAUGAUACCGGCGUCUACUAUGGAAUCUGAAUCAUCUGUCCAGUUGAAGGAAGAAAGAGCAACUGUUGAUAAAGACGAAAAGCCUGCUGUGCCGGAAGUCACAUCAACCAGCCAAAACAGAGAUAAAAGUAAACUUAGUUUCAAACAGAAGGUCGUUCCUUCAGUUCGUGGAGUUGAGCUUUCAUCAUCCAGAAAGUCUAAAGUCGGAAGGACAACAAUAAAUGAUAAGGAAAGUAAGGCUCUGUUUGAAUCAAAAGAGCUGCUUCCCACUGAUGAUAAAACAUGGAAAAGAAAGCGCAAACCCAUGGUUCUAAAGCUGGCCAAUGCAAAGCAUGAUUCUGAUCCAAAUGAUCCAUUAAAUGAUGAGGCUGUAGAUGAAGAGGACAAACCAUUGAUUAAAGGAAAGCACACUGGUCAGACAUCCACUCCAGCAAAGCAAAAGUCAGUAAGAUCAUCAGAAAGUUCUCUGUGUGCUGACCAGAAAGAUUUGAUCGUAUCAACUGCAGAAGUUCAACUUGUUAGUAUACCAACUAAACGAAUUAGUAAACGUAAAAUGAGUUUGCAGAGAACAUUUAUACCCAAAGAGAAGUCUUCUGAGAACAAAUUAAAAGGUCAACCUAAUAGGUAUUCUAGCCCACCCCAAGAUAAGGCAUCAAUUCUAAAGGAAAAGCUUUCUAGUUGCUUGUCAUCUUCUAUGAUUCGCAGGUGGUGUGCAUUUGAAUGGUUUUAUAGUGCAAUUGAUUAUCCAUGGUUUUCCAAACGGGAGUUCAUGGAGUACUUAAAUCAUGUUGGACUAGGGAAUAUCCCAAGAUUGACUCGUGUUGAAUGGAGUGUCAUAAAAAGUUCCCUUGGCAAACCUCGCAGAUUCUCUGAACACUUCCUUCGAGAAGAAAGACAAAAGCUUGAACAGUACAGGCAAUCUGUUAGGAAACAUUACACUGAACUGCGGACUGGUAUCAGGGAUGGACUACCAACAGAUUUAGCUAAGCCUUUAUAUGUUGGACAGCGAGUAAUUGCUCUUCAUCCAAAAACAAGAGAGAUUCAUGAUGGAAGUGUGCUUACAGUUGACCAUGACAAGUGCAGGGUUCAGUUUGACCUUCCUGAAUUGGGUGUUGAAUUUGUCAUGGACAUUGAUUGUAUGCCUUUGAAUCCAUUGGAUAAUAUGCCAGAAGCUCUAAGGAGGCAGGUUGGUGCUUGUAAAUUCCCUUGUAUAAGUAAAGAACCACAAAUGGAUGGAAUUUCAAGUUUUGGGGGCUGCCUGACAUGCACUUCAAGCAAUCCUGUAGAGAAAGCACCCAAUUUGGCUAAGCAGGAAAAGCAAGCAGUGGGUGCUCAACCAUGUAACAUGACAGACCAUCAAACCAAGGAAGCUAACAUACAUGCCCUUUCUGAGCUGACACGUUUUCUUGAUAAAAAGGUCUCCAUGGGCAUAAAUGAAAUACUGUUAAUGGAGCUUAAAAAUAGCAACAAUGCCAUAUUGGAGAACCAAAUUGAUAGUGGCAGCUUUAAAGAUUCAGAGGCGCUCGGGAAACAUUAUGCCACGGUACUUGUACAGCUAAAGGAAGCCAGUGAACAGGUUUCUAAUGCUCUGCUUCAUCUGAGGCAACGUAAUACUUACACAGGAAACUCCCUACCACUGAAACCCCAAGCAAAUUUAAAUGUCCAUGAUGGCCUUCCUGGUAUGUUGGAUGGUUCUCUGGCUCAAGAGUUAGGAUCAACUGUUAUUGAAAUUAUUAAAGGAUCCAGGGUAAAAGCACAUGCAAUGGUGGAUGCUGCAUUUCGGGCCUUAGCUUCAGUGAAGGAAGGCGAAGAUGCUUUCCUCAAGAUUGGACAGGUAUUGGAUUCUAUCAAUUAUCAGCAGUUGGCCCCCAACACUUCCUUGCCUGCAAUGAAGUCCCAAGAGCAAGGGAAUGGAAGUCUCGAUAACCAUACUCGAUCAAUUUUCUCUUCAUCUGAGCCUUUACUUGGUGAUGUAUCUGGUCAAAAAUUGCGUAAUGAUUCUGACAAAGUAGACGCUCAAAUUCCUUCUGAACUCAUCACUUCCUGUGUUGCCAUAUUGAUCAUGAUUCAGACUUGUACUGAACGACAAUAUCCUCCAUCCGAUGUGGCUCAGAUAUUAGAUUCUGCUGUCACCAGCCUGCAUCCAUGCUGUCCCCAAAACCUUCCAAUUUACAGGGAAAUUCAAAUGUGCAUGGGAAGAAUUAAGACCCAGAUUUUAGCUCUCAUCCCAACAUCCACAUGAAUUGUCGAGUUUCUAUGAGUUGUAUGUAUAAAGGAUGCUGAAAUAUUGCUUCGAAUGACAUAAAGUUCCGAGCCAACCUUGUAACUUAUGGCUGUUAUAUCAAGUCAAGGUCAACAAGGCCAAGCGGUGGAUUUAGGGAAAAGAAUGUACUUGACCACCCAGGUGUUGUAAUUUCUUUGUAUCUAAAAUAAAUUUUUGUUUAGCUAGAAUAGCUUUGGAAUUGGGAUAUUCUUUUAGCCCUAACAAAUAACAAUGGCGGGCACCCAUUCUCCUGGCUCGGAUGGGAAUUUUACUUUGAUUGAGUAAUAUACAUUUAUUUUAUGGAUUUCGGCACUUGAAUUGAGUGGCAUUUUAGGAACGUACGCUGAUAAACAUAACAGUCAUUACUCAUUAGUAUAUGAAUUUAUA